UUUCUUUUAUUAACUGUUUUAUACGAAGAUCUUGAUCUCUCAAAUUAGCAUCCAUUUUACUUCCAGUGAUUAUCAACUAAAUUAAUAAUCCACAAAGUAUUAAAUAACGUUUUUAUGAAAUAUUUAGCACAAAAACAAUACCCUUUAAAUAUCGAUCGUCAGUAACUGUGGCUGACUUACCUAUAUUCUAGCAAGCAGGACUGCCAGAUGUGAAGGGGAAAUCCCCAAUAAAUUGUUGCAUGUGACUGAUGAUGUGAGCAUGUUCGUUUCAUAAUAAAAAUGUUGCCAGGUAACCAAAAAGUCGUAUGUUUUUGUGCGAAUUACGAUCAUAAUCUUUACGAUCGUACAUUAAAAAAUAGACAAAUAAUAGUAUGAGUACGAUUUAAAUCGUAUAUCUGUCAACCCUGCUAGCAAGACAGCGACAAAAUCACGUUGCAUAACAAUGUAGCCCAAGCUUAUAUCUUAUGAAAUAUACGGAAGAGAUACGGACUUAGAAAAAACAGAAAUGUUGUUCUUUGUGGAAGUCAUUGAUGAAAUUCUAUGUAUUUUAGCCCGCAAACUUUCUUCAAACAAAAACAGCGCCAUCUAGUAUCGAGUUCUGUAAUUAUCUCUUUGUUUAUGGAUUUGAAGUAAGACCGCCACGCAUGCAAUACAUUAUGACUGGGGAUUCCCCUAUUCGUCGACGCUGAAUAUGAGGCGACGACAAUCACUGUCAAACGUGUUCACUAUUACUCUGACUCUGGUAACGUGACUUCCUGGUAACGUGUUAGGUAGGAAAAGCAGUAAAAAAGUGCAUAUUAAGGGAGCAGAUUUGAAAUAAUAUUUAUACUUAACAAGAAAUAAUUAAAGGUUCAAUGGGGAGACCUAAAGAUUUACGCAUAUGGGAGCACUACCGUACUUUACCAAACAAGUCUGUUUCUUGCAAGCUUUGUAAUAAGGUCUACAAAUUCAGUAAUGCUGCCAAAAUGCUUCAACAUCUUAUCACUUGUCCAAAAUCUCCAGAAACAUUAAAAGACUCUAUGAAACUUAUAAAAGAUAGCUCGUCCAAAACCAAAAUGUCUGGACUGUCAGAGAUAGAGACAAAUGAUUCUUUUAUAAGCCCCUCGUCGUCUGCUAACACUACAAUAAAUGCUGAGUUUCAAGACACCGAUGAUCAUAUAAAAACAGAAUUAGCGAGAGCUAUAUUUGUAACAGGGACGCCAUUAUCGAUGGUGCAACAUCCUUUAUGGAUACAAUUUUUCGAAAAAUUGCAACCAAAAUUUAAAAUACCUUCACGUAAAGCUUUAGCGACAAAAUACUUAGAUAAAAUAUAUAGAGAAAUGCGUUUUGAGUUAAAUGAGGAACUAAAUGCUUGUAGUUACUUACACCUUCAGUGCGAUGGCUGGUCUAAUUUAAGAAAUGAAGGAAUAAUAAACUUUCUUAUAUCAAAACCUCAACCUGCAUACGUUAAAAGUUUGAAUACAGAAAGUAAUCCUCACACUAGUGAAUACCUUAGCCAAGAAGUUGAAAAAGUAAUGAAAGUGUAUGGAGCAAAUAAGUUUCUUGUACUUAUUGGCGAUAACGCUAGAAAUAUACAAAAGGCAUUCGAAUUAACAAAACUCAAAUAUCCACAUGUUGUUCCUCUCGGUUGCUGUGCACAUAUCCUUAACUUGUUGUGCCAAGAUAUUGUAAAGAUACAAGAAGUAACUGUGUUUAUUAUGCAAGCCAUAAAUAUAAUAAAAACUGUUAAAAGGAGUCAACGAUUAAGUUCCUUGUUGAUAAAAUCAAGGCAGGGUGAAGAUUCUACACAAACACUAAAAUUGCCUUGUGCUACAAGAUGGGGAAGUCAUGUUACUUCGUUAAAAAGUUUGAAAGCAAAUAAGAUAGCUUUGCAAAUAUUAACAGUUAGAGAAGAUGUGGUAAUUUCAAGAGAUAUUAAAGAUUUAAUUCUAAGUGAUGAUUUCUGGACGAAGACAGGGGAAUGUAUAAGUAUUUUGGAACCAGUCACUGAAAGCAUAUUUUACUUAGAGAGCGACCAGAAUCGUUUGCAUCGCACAUACAUUACAUUUAGAGAUGUACAAGCUAAGAUACGUUUUGCAUUAAAUGAGAUUUCGACAUUGAGCGAAGAAAGCAAACAGCAGAUUCUAACAUCAGUAUCUUCAAGAUGCAAUAUGGCAAUGAGGCCAAUACAUUUUGCAGCAUAUAUUCUAGACCCCAGGACUCUAGGAGUCGAACUUACUCAAGAGGAAGAACUUAAGGGUAUGGAGUUUAUCUACAAUUUAAGCCAACACUUAAGUUUGUCAAAUGUAAUGGCAGAUUUGGCGUGUUAUAAAGCUAAAGAAAACUUUUGGGCCAGAGGAUUUGUAUGGAGCUCAUUAGAUAGCAUUGAGCCCCUAAUAUGGUGGAAAGGUAUUUGUGGUUCCACUGAGUUAAGCAAAGUAGCGAUUCGUAUUCUAUCAGCUCCCUGUACUUCGGCAGCCACUGAGCGUUCCUUUAGUAUCCAAGGCUACAUACAUAAUAACAAAAGAAAUCGACUUACAACUGAAAGAACUGAAAAAAUUUCAUUCAUUUGUUAUAACUGGAAUCUUAAACAUAAAGCUGAAUGCGAGGACAUUCAGUUUAAUGAAGAAAAUACCUUAGAAGCUUUCAUUGAGCAAGUAAAUGAACAUAACAGUUUAGACGAAAUAGAGCCUAUCGAACCUAUACAAUUCAUCGCUUGUAAUAACUCUGAAUCUGACAGUGAUUGACUGUAGUUUUACAUUUUACUUUCAUCUCUUUCUUAAUAAACUCAAAAUCAAAUUAAAAGUUUUUUAUUCUGUAGGCUGCAUAAUAAUAUUGUCUAUGUCCAGUAUAGUGGACGUCUUGCGGCUGAGAUGACGAUGAUGAAGUACAAAAUCAUAAACACCCAAAAAUUUGGGUGUUUAUGGGGUUUAAACCCAAUAAACCCAAAACACCCGGUUUUUACCCACCAGACU